CAACACACACACACACACACACACACAGCCAAACGUAAACAUAGACACAAAGCUGGACUGCUGUGUUAACAGUAACCAUGGUAAUACAGCCAUACUGAGAGACCUGCGAAGACAAAGUAAAAAGUCUCUAGGAAGUUUAAUUAUAUCUUAAACCACGGUAAGGAAGGCAACAAAUAAAGGGCUGAGUGGGUGUGAAAUAAUGAGGCAGAAAAUAGGGAGAGAGAAAAAAAAAAUACAUCAUGUGAUGUGGGAAUAGCUGUUUGGCUUUUAUUGAAUUCAUCAGAAUUUCUUUCUUUCAUUGCAUCAAAUUCACCACUGAAAUAUUUACAAAGAGAUGCUGCGAUCAGCAUCAUACUCACUAUAAACAUCACUACUCUGUUAUGUCUUAAUCUCAUUCAAAAAAAAGUACAAAAUAAAGGUGCCUGUAAUGCCAAUAAAAAUAUAUAGGCCUAUAUUAAAACUAUAAUUUGUUAAAUAUAAAUUUAAUAAAACAAUAAAUACAUUUUCUUUUAUAAAAUGCCUAUUUUAUUUAUUUUAAAAUUAGUUUUUUAAAAAUAAUAAUUGUGUGAGUGUUCAGGUUUUGCUAUUCUUCUGAGAUUCAAGUGUGUGUGUGUGUGUGUGUGUGUGUGUGUGUGUGUGUGUGUGUGUGUGUGUGUGUGUCAGAUCUCUGUGUGUUACCGGGGAGACGCGCUUGCAGCAGGAUGCGGAGUAUCCGGUAACGCGCUCGUAGCUUUUCCAAAAGAUGCGGUUUCUCAAUAUCCCCAUGUUACCUCAUGUCUGAUUGAAAACUCUCUGUGUGCGCACUGUCCGAUUCACUGUCCUGUAAAUUUAGCGCUGUUUUAAACUUUCAUGAUUCCUCAAGGGCUUGUUUAGAGGUGCGCGUUGAUUUCAUCAUGGUUAUAGACUUUUUUACUCUUUUGUGAAGCCGCCGGACAUCUCUGGGACAAUAUGGCCAGUGAAUCAGACUCACGGGUUUAUACUGAUGAUACUGCGAGCAGUGGAACAGAAUGACACCGGUGUGGAACCAGCGACCGGGGCGAGAGCCACCGAGACCCAGAUGGGGACUGACAGAUCAAAGGAUUAAACUGCCAAAAUGCCCAAAUGCUGCCCCUCGGCAACCUCUUCCCUCUUACCUGCACAGAUCAAGACUCCGAAGGCCGCCCACAGACUUCGGACCUUCAGAAAGCCCCGUGUGUCAUUGGGAGGAAGCAGGAGUUCCCAAGGCGAGUGGCUACCAUGCCAGGCACGCAGAAUCAAGCCCAGUGCGGCCACGAAUCGUGACCGUGGUGCGACCGUGUGGAAAGGACAGCGUGCGGAAGAUCUCGCUGCUGUUAAACCGCCGUGCAGUGCAGACGUUCGAGCAGCUCAUGGCAGAUGUGUCCGAAGCGCUUGGCUUCCCCUGCUGGAACAACGCUCGAAUACGCCGCCUCUUUAGCCCUUCCGGCCGGGAGAUCCACAGCCUUGCUGACUUCUUCCGCUUUGAUCAUGCCUUCAUGGCCUUUGGAAACAGCCGACCGUCGCUUGAUGAUGUAAGUGCAGCACUGGAUGAGCUGUAUCCGGAAAACCCCGGACACUGCGAACACCUGCUGAGGGUAUGGGAGCGUAUCCUUAGGCCCAAGGCCACUAAGGCGGAUAGUGGUUUCCAUGAUGAUGAUCCUGGGGCUGAGGUGUCCUUACCUGCGGUACAUGAUCAACAGGUAAACCAACCACCUGUCAACAACCUGCAGCCUGUUGGAAGGCAAAAAGAAAAGGUGAGGAGAGAAAGGCAAAGAGAACUGUGGAGGAGGAAAGCUGACCUGCAGAAAGAAGAUGAGAAGGAGGCGAAGAAGGAGGAAAGAAAGAGAGAUGCUGUUUACUGCCGGAGCUGCCGAGGAUGCGGUCCUCCUAUACCUCCAAUCAGAAGCAGUCGAUGUUCGGACAAGCCAAAUAACCCCAGUAAUAAAAGUACUUCUUCUCAAAACAACAUGGUUUCUUUAGAAAAAGCACACUGUAGACCGCUGAAAGCCAAUGCAAAAUCUGUUCCUCAAAACGCUCUUAAUUUAGAGACGAUAACUGAGUGGGACAUUAAUAAGCAGGAAACAGUGGAGCAGAAAGACUUGCAGGGUAACAUACCACCUGAUGGUGCAGAACUAUCGUUGGAGGACAUCGAGCGCUGCUACGACAUGGGCCGCGUGGUAGGAGAUGGGAACUUUGCGGUGGUCAGGGAGUGCCGUGUGAGAGGCCUGGCCGAAACCUUCGCCAUGAAGAUUGUGGACAGCGCAAAGCUCCAGGGACGCGGUCACAUGAUCCAGAACGAGAUCGCUCUGCUGCGUAGUCUGGAACAUCCUCGGCUAAUCCAGCUGUUUCGUUCUCAUCACACGGACACACAUGUUUACCUGCUGAUGGAGCUGGUCACCGGUGGAGACCUGUUUGAUGCUAUCACUCAGAGCGGAAGGUUUACUGAGCCAAGUGCUGCAUGCAUGAUCACAGACAUCAGUCAGGCUCUGGAGUACAUCCACAACAAGAGCAUUGCACACCGAGACAUCAAACCUGAAAACCUACUGGUACAGCGGCAUGGCAAUGGAAGUUUGAAUCUGAAGUUGGCGGAUUUUGGAUUAGCCAUGGUGGUAACGGAGCCAGUGUUCACAGUUUGUGGCACACCUACAUAUGUUGCUCCAGAGAUACUUGCUGAGACAGGUUACGGUGUUGGAGUGGACGUUUGGGCGAUGGGUGUUAUACUGUUUGUGCUGCUCAGUGGGUUUCCUCCGUUCCGCAGUCCAGAUCGUAAUCAAGAGGAACUAUUCCGUCUCAUCCAGAAGGGAGAAGUCCACUUUCUGUCCCCUUACUGGGAUAAUGUGUCCGAGGGGGCUAAAGCUCUAGUCAGGGCUCUGCUGGAGAUCAACCCGAAAAGGCGUUUGACAGCUAGUCAAACCCUGCAGCAUGACUGGCUUCAACAUACAACAGCACAAAAAGACCAUAAGGGGGCGACAAAGGCCACAGCUGAGAGGCACAGCCAGCAGAAACUAAGCAGACAGUUGGAAAUUAAUAAGAGAGAUUCUCACAAACCAGAGAUGCUGGCAGAAAAAUUUCAUGCUGCACAAAUUCACGAGAACAUACUGAACAAUAACUAUGAACUAGAUAUUAACGCACAUGCCAGAGACCAGCAGAUUGAAGAGAUUCAUAACGUGAUAAGCAACCAACAAACUUCAUCCCAUGCUGAAGACACCACAACAAAUACGCAAAAUACCACAGAUCAGCAUGUACCUGAGAAACCAGCACAGCAAGAAGACACGGACACAAAACAAGAGUUACCUGCUGACUAAUGAGUUAGUGAAGGCUGAAGAAGCCAGCAUAAACAAGAAGAAACCAAUGAUAUAUGACAAGACCAAAAGAGUCAGGACAACACAGGCAAAAAAGAGGGGCAGUACAACUGACUGAGGCAAAAUUGAACACUAUGAUACAAUGUAGAACCUACACAUAUACUCUAAGCACUGAUACUGACUGAUUUUGCACUGAUUUUAACAUUCCUGUACUCAUUUUUGAUGGUUAUAUGAGUGCACUCUUCUUUCUAGCUUAAGGUAUAAUCAAUAUUUAAUAAACAAAUACGAAUUCAGUGUAAAUUCCGUGCGAGCCUACAGGUCACUAAAUGAAAUGACCCAGGACACUGAAAUAACUAUUAUUAUUAUUAUUAUGGGAUUAUUUACUGACUAGAGGAACAAGGGCCAUUUAUGUUGUAUUAUAUAAUGUUGUUUUUUUAGCUUCUAAUUAUAUAUUUUCUUCUUUAUCUGUAUUUAAAAAGAAAGACUGCAAAAAGACACAUUGGUAACACUUUAUUUUAAGGUGACGUAGUUAAACGUUACUACAUGUAGUAAUAACAGUAAAUUAAUUAUGCAUAAUUACAAGUAACAAACCAUAACCAUACAUGUAGUUUACAAGAUGUAAUAUAAGUCUCUGGUGUCUCCAGAAUGUGUCUGUGAAAUUUCCACUCAA